AUGCCACACCUGGUACUUCCAAUUCUGGUCCUGCUCGAGCAGACGAACGUCACUCUGUCGGUGCCUCGCGUCGAGCUGCUGCUGACUCGCCUGCGGCCCAGCCUCUCGUCGGGCGAGUUGGUGGCAGUCAACAACGGCCAGGUCCCCGAGUUCCGCAUCACCGGUGACGGCAGCUCGGAGCCUCCGUCGUCGUCCAAGUGGUGGGCUUGCUUCCCAUGCUGCGGCGCGUCGUCGCCGCCGACCCGCCGCACUGACCGGCGCGUCGGCCCGGCCUCUACUGUCGCUGUGGCCCGGGUGCCGGUCACGCCGCGGUCGGCGGCGGCGGCGGCAGCAGCGGCGGCGACCCGGUCGGGUAUGACGACCACGCCGCGUGGCGAGUCAAGCAUGCGGAUGAGCUACGGGCCGGGCACGAUGCUGGGCUCGUCUUUGGGCGCGCCGUCGGCAGGUGCCGAAGAGGCAGCGGCGGCGGCGGCGUACGCGCAGCAGCACGUCUCGCCACGGCGGUCGUCAUCGAUUCGCUUCUCCUCGCUCCGGCCGGUGCCCGAAGGCGCGACGCCGCCAGGCUUGCAGGCCGAGUCGCGUGUCCUCUCGCGCAUCGGCUCGUCGCAGAACCUCAUUUCGCCUCGCACGCUGACCAACGUGCGGCAUGGCGCUGGGCUGGGCAAGCUCGAUGAGGACGCGGCCUGGUACCAGGUCCGGUCGCCGGGUGGGACCAACACGCCCGGCUCCAUCUCGCGCAAGUCGUCCUUCCGCGGAAUCCUAGGCUCGGGCGGCGUCUCGCCACGGCGUGGCAUUGUCUCCCGCGCGUCGUCCAUGUACCUCCAAUACGCCGCGUCUCGGACAGUGGACCCCUCGGUGGCGCGGCGGCUGACGUCGGGCUCCUUCUCUGACGACGAUACCAUGUCGUGCGUCGACGAGGUCUCGUUCCCGCGCGGCAUGGCCCGCCAGUACAUGUUUGUCUUCCAGGACGUCGAUGAUCGCGAGCUCGACGCCUCGCGCUUCAAGCUGGAGUGGGGCGAGUUUGAAGACUACGCCGUCAACUACGAUGUCAUGCUCGGUCAGGGCGCAUACGGCGAAGUUUACAAGGCUACCCACAAGCCCACAGAUUCAGAGUGCGUGGUCAAGACCAUCAAGGUCGACAAAGAGUCGGUUCUCAAGCUCAAACAGGAAAUCAUGAUGCUCGAGCGGGUCAAGGGCGGGCCGUGCAUUGUCGAGUACAUGGGCCUUGUCCGCAACCCGGAUGACGACACCAAGCUCAUUGUCUUUGAGUUUGUGAACAACCCCAACUACAAGGAGUCUUUCCGCGACAUGACCGACCUCGACGCCCGGUGGUACCUCUUCCGCGUCCUCAAGGGCCUCGACUACGCACACUCGCUCGGCGUCAUCCACCGCGACAUCAAGGGCGGCAACAUCUGCUACGACCCCAUCACCAAGAAGCUCCGCAUCAUCGACUGGGGCUUUGGCGUCCACUACGUGCCAUCGCGGCCGUUCACCUCGUGGCCCGGCACCCGUCCCUACAAGGCGCCCGAGCUCUUUCUCCACUACUCGUACUACGACUACUCGGUCGAUGUCUGGGCCUUUGCUUGCCUCAUGGGCUCUCUCAUCUUCCGCCGCACCCUCUUCCGUUCCAAGGACAAUCGCCAUCAGAUGGAGCUCAUUGCCCGCGCCCUCGGCACAGCCUCGUACGAGCGCUACCUCGCCAAGUACGCCCGCCCGCCCUUUAAGCUCGUCGCCAAAAAGUAUCGCCACCUCGGCGAGCCGCACAUGGGCCGUGGCGGCUUCCAGGUCUACGUCUCGUCCAAGACCCCUCUUGCCAACUUUGAGGCCCUCGAUAUCAUCAACAAGGUCCUCGUGUGGGAUCACGAGAAGCGUCCCACUGCCUCGGAGCUCAUACAACAUGCCUACUUUGAUCCUGUCCGUCAUCGCGAUGCGGCCGCAGUGCAUGCUGCUGCCCUUCAGGUGGCGAGCCCCGGAUCAGGCAAGUACGCCAAGUACUGGUCGACCGAGAAAGUCGUCGCUGCGUUGCCCUCGGCUAUGGUGGCAGCAGAGGGCAUCGUCUCGAUUCUUGCCGAGACGCAUGGCAUUGCUGCUCGUGUUGCGCCCGAUGGUGCGUCCGUCGUCCUCGAGUCGAUCCCCAUUUCCCUCGUCGAGGAGAUCUUCAGUGGCAUGGUUGUCCACGCGUGCUCGCCUACCAAGCCGCUCCAUGCAGAUGUGAUCGUUGCUGCUGCACUCGGUACCGCUCACCUCGCACCGGCUCUCGCUCGCCAUCUUGCCUUUGCCACGGGCGUGUCGGACUUUCCACCGCCGUCCGUGCUGGAGCGGAUGGCGGCUCGCGCCGGCCCGCUUAGCCCGCCAUCGCCAGGGCCAUGCAAGGCCAGCCAGCAGCAGUCGAACAACCUCGUCAUUCCGUCAGUGGUUCGCGAGCUUGUUGGCAUCCCGCGCGGCAAGAGAGUUGCGUCUCAGCUCGCCACCCAGGCCGCCAUCGAGUUUGGCCUGGUCAUCCCGCACGAGACCGGCCAGGAGGGUGGCGGCGGCGGCGGGUUCCUCUUCUCAGACCUCGCCGCGUUUGCCGAGCUGGCCUCCGUCGACGCUCCGCACCAGUUCAACGUCUCACGUAUCAUCGGGCCGUUUGCGCAGCACAACUACACCGGCAACGCCGAGAGCGUGCUCGAUGUGACGACGCUACUUGGCGUCGCGCCGGGUGCGCCCACCACCUACGCCACUUACCUCGGCUGGAUGUAUGAGUUCCUCACCGACACCAUCGGCGACCCGGAGCGCGCGCUUGUCCACUCGAUCUCGUACGGCACUCCCGAGUACCUGCAGUGCAACAAGACCCAGAACGGCGAGCCGUUCCACGUCUGCGCCUUUCUCGGCGUCGAUGCCCGUGGCUACAUCGAGCGGUGCGACCUCGAGUUUGCCCGCACCGCCCUCCUCGGCCUCACUAUCGUAGCCUCAUCCGGUGACAACGGCGCGCCCGGCGAGCUCUCGCGCGAAUGCGAGCUCGACAACACCAUCCACCCGCUCCACACCGUCUUUCCGGCCGCGUCGCAGUACACGACAGCGGUCGGCGGUGUGGUGCUGGUCGAGGCCGCGCCCGGCCCGCCACCCGGUGCUCCGCAGCCGCCGAUCUGCACUAUGGCUCAUCCAGGCCCGCCGCUGCCUGGCCCGCCGGCCUGUGGCGGCCCGCCGUACGCGCUCACAACCUCGAUGUGUUCCAACGGCGGCAUCACUACUGGCGGCGGCUUUGCCAACUACUCUGUGCUUCCCGAGUGGCAGGCGCCUACCGUCCGUGGCUACCUUGACUCCUCGCCGCGGCUUCCGCCGGCCACCGCCUUUCACGCCAACCACCGCGCCUUCCCCGACGUCGCCCUGCUUGCCUCCAACAUCCUCAUCAUUCUCAACGGCGAGGCCCCGGUCGGUGCCGGCACCUCGGCGUCGGCCCCGCAAAUGGCGGCCCUUCUCACCCACGUCAACGGCGAGCUGCUCGCUAGCGGCCUCCCGCCCGUCGGCUGGAUCAACCCGCUCCUGUACACCCUCCCGCCAUCGGCCUUUAUCGACAUCACCACGGGCUCGAACGAGUGCACCGAGGCCGCGUGCUGCAAGUACGGCUACGGUGCCGCGUCUGGCUUUGACGCUGUCACCGGCCGCGGCGUUCCCCUCUUCGAGGGUCUCCUUGCCGGCCUUGCCGCCGCUCACGGCACCGCACUCUAGCACGCCUGAGCCCCGCCCUCGCCCUGGCUCCGCAGAUGCUCGAUGAGGCUAGCCAGCGCCUGCCGCUGCGCCGCCAGUCCCUCGCGGGUCUGCACCCCGGUCUUGAGCGCGUCGACCGAGUGCAUCGCGUCGUCGACUGCUGCCCGGGCCUCGCGCUCUACCGCCGCCAGAUGCUGCGCCCGUUGCUCGUUGUACGCAUACCAGUUGGCCUGCCGGCUGGUAGCCGCGGCCUUGAGUCGCGCCACGGCGUCCAGCAGCUCGCGCUGCUUGGCGUUGUGGUCGGUAGCGACUCGUGCCAGUUCGGCCCGGCUCGCCUCGAGCGCCUCUUCGAGCUCGCGGACACGCGAUGGCGUGUCGUG